AUGGAGGUCCUGCCAGCUGGGUUUUCGGAUUUUCGAGACCGGGCCUACUGGAAUAGCUUCUUUCAAUUUUUCGACAAGAAAAAUUUCGAGUGGUAUGGCAAUUACGGCGAUGUGCGGCACAUCGUUUAUCGGUGCAUACGGGGGCGGCUGCGCUAUUUCGCUGGGGGAAGCGGUGGUGAAGAGAGCGGCAAGCGGAACGGUCAACCGGAUGGCGAAGGGGAUGGCCAACUGAACGGUCAACCGGAUAUCCAACCGGAUAGCCAUCUCAACGGUCAACCAGAUGGCCAAUCGAACGAUCAACCGCAUAACCAACGAAUUAACAAAAACUGCCUGCUCAUAAACCUGGGGUGCGGGAACUCCCAUCUGAGCUACGAACUCUUCCAAGACGGGUUCCGCAACAUUGUAAAUCUAGACUACUCAGAUGUAGUGAUCCAAAAAAUGAAGCAAAAGUUCGGAGACAAAAUGGAUUUCAUAAAUAUAGACAUGAGCAAUGCUGAGAAGUUUGAUCAUGUCCUAUACAAAUUGGAAGAAGAGUCAAAAAAGAAGAAAGUGGAUUACAAAAUAUUUUUUGACAAAGCCUUCCUAGAUGCAUAUAUAUCAUGCGAAAGAAAUGAGGAGGAAAUCUGCAAAAGGAAUGCCAAGAGUUACUUCUCCCUUGUCUUUAAGCACUUGAAGAAGGGAGACUUAUUCAUUGUUAUCACCCUUGCCCAGUAUUAUAUAAUUAAGGAGGUUAUUCGAAAUGUGUACCACGAGGAUAUCAUGUUGGAGGUGUUCCCCUUUUUUUUAAAACAGAAUAGAAGCGACUUCAAGUACCACCCCUUCGUUUUCGCCUUCUAUCGAACUGAUAAGGGGGGCAAAAAGUUCCAGGCAUAUUUUAUCAACCCAGAAAUGGGGACCAGCAAUGCCAUUUCGUUGUGGAAGUUACCCAGUGAAAUUAACGAGACGAGGGGAAAUCUAAAUCUUCACAUUUUUAAAAAAGGGAAGAGAAGAGUCCUAGAUAUUUACAAUACGAAGCUGAAUAGGUGUGACUACAACGUGGUUGUUUAUGACUCAUGCCUGGAGCGCGCCACUUACAACACGGUCGUUGUUGUUGUCCCGCUUGGCUACGAGUUUCACUCGCUUUACUGCACUACGGAGGGGAACGAGGAGUUGGCUUCCAAGGCACGGACGAGGAGGCUCCUCCUGGUGAUGAGGUCGAACUUUUUGGCCCCCUCCUGUCAAGAUGGCGGGGUGAGCCAGCGAAGUGAAGUGUGCAGCCAGGCGGACCUUCCUCAGAGUGACAAACGGGAAAGCCCGGCGCCCGUCACUCAAAAUAGGGAGAACCCCGACAAUGUGCAGCAUGGCGGGUACAGUCAGAGGGAGCAGAGUCGAAAAGAGGGCACCGCCGCGGCAAAAGUGAAGGCACAUCAAAUAUACCCGCGCGAGAGCAACCAAGUGAGCGGCAACAGUCCGCUGAGAGGCCACAACCAACUGCACACCGAGCACUCAGUUAACGUCCUGCUGGAGUGCAUCAAAAAUGAGCUAACAAAUAUUUUGAACGAGGUGGGCCUUCCCAAUUCGGACAACUUCCCCAUCAUGGUGUUAAACGAGAGCGUAAAGAACUGCAGAGUGAUUGCGCAGAGGAAGUCGCACUACGCGUCUGGAAUCAUCAUAAGGGACCUCCUCGUAACGGAGGAGUUUCUCGCCGAAAAUUUUAACUCAGACGGGGCGCACGACAGGGGCUUCGAAAGUGGAAAGAGUAAAAAGCAGCGCAGCGGGGAAGGGGGCGGCAGAGAGGGGGACACUCAAGGGAGAGGCCAAAAUGGAAGCCAAAAUGGAAGCCCACAGGCAAACCAACAGCACAGUCAACACAACGUGAAGGAAACCCUUCGAGCCAUCCUGAAGAACCAACAGGAGAGACGCUCCUACUUUGAAAAAAAAAAAAUUUACAAAAGGCAAAUGAUAUUUUCAUACGACCCGUUAACAGUGCAGUCCGAGCUAAUAUACACUCUGGAAAGGGAGAAAAAAAAAAAAAGAAAAAAAAAAAAGGACAAAGUGGCGGACAAGAUGGUGGACACCCCCCACUUCGAGUACAUCGAAUCGGCCAGCCAGUAUCACAUAAGCUUCUGCUGCAGUCUCUUCUUCGUGAUAAGGGAUAAGCACAGGGAGGCCCCUAACUUUUUCAACAUUUGCAUUUUGGGCGGAGGUACCAAUGUCUUCUCAAACAUACUCAAGUCCAUUUUUGCCGAUUUUAACUUGCACCUGGACAUCGUCGAAAUUGACGAGACGGUAAAAUCUUUUUACUAUCUUUUCUGUGAUGAGCAGAUGGAGGAAAAUAAAAAGCACAGGACAAAUUAUAUCAUUAACGAUUCGCACGAUUAUGUAAAGAAUCAUUCUCAGUCUCAAUUUUACCAUGCCAUCUUUGUCGACAUUAACAAUGCGCAAAACUCCUACGUCAAAAUCGAUGGCUACAAGGUGUACGUCACUUGUCCGCACAUACAAUUUUUGGAUGAAGAAAAUGUGCGCAGUGUUAAGCGUCUUUUGAAGGACUAUGGGGUGCUUGUAAUUAAUGUGUUGACACGGGAUGGCACUGUGAGGAAACAUAUUCGCCUGUUCUUCAAGACGAUCUUCGCGUCUGUCAUUAGUAUCCCCUCUGCAAAUAAGGAAAUUAACGAGGUCUUGAUCUGCAGCUCGGAGGAUAUAACCCCAGAAAGGGUUUCUGCCUUCCAAAGGAGUCUCAUCAGAAUGAUUAGAACAAACUACAAUCGGUGGUUCCUAAAUUUUGACUUGAAGAACAUCCUCAAUAAUGUUAAUGUUUUGUAA